AGAAUAUUUCACAACACAGCGCGCGUAUUUUUUAUAAUAAAACACAGCAAUAAUUUAAAAUUUUGAAAGCAAACGAUAAUUGCUGUUGUUGCUGUUGUGUCAAAAAUGGAGCAGAAGCAACGUCCAACGGCGCAAAAGCAAGCAGAGCUGGCCACAGGCACCACAGCCGAUCUAUCCGAUGAUGAGGAGGAUGCGGGUCCGCUGGAUGUGCUCAAAUUGCAGGGCAACAAUAUUAAUCCACGAGACAUAAAACUGCUGCAACAGGCCAGUCUGCACACUGUGGAAUCGGUUUCGUAUGCAACGCGACGCCAGCUGCUGACCAUUAAGGGAUUAGGUGAAUCCAAGGUGGAUCACAUUAUGAGGGAGGCGAACAAGUUGGUGCCGCUGAGCUUUACCAGUGCGCGCACCUUUCAUCAGAUGCGCUCCGAGGUCGUCAUGCUCACAACGGGCUCCAAGGAGCUGGACAAACUGCUGGGCGGCGGCAUCGAGACGGGAUCCAUAACCGAAAUCUUUGGCGAGUUUCGUUGCGGCAAGACUCAAAUUUGUCACACACUCGCCGUCACCUGCCAGCUGCCCAUCAGCCAGAAUGGUGGGGAGGGCAAGGCACUGUACAUCGAUACGGAGGGCACAUUCCGGCCGGAACGCCUGUCCGCCAUUGCACAGCGCUACAGCAUGGAGGAAGCGGAUGUCCUCGACAAUGUGGCCUGUGCACGUGCCCACAAUACGGAUCAGCAGACGAAACUGGUGCAAAUGGCAGCUGGUAUGAUGUUCGAAUCGAGAUACGCCUUGAUUAUUGUGGACAGUGCCAUGGCGCUGUAUCGCUCCGAGUACAUUGGACGUGGUGAACUGGCAGCUCGUCAAAAUCAUUUAGGUCUAUUUCUGCGUAUGCUGCAACGGCUGGCGGAUGAAUUUGGUGUUGCUGUGGUCAUAACGAAUCAGGUGACGGCCCAAGUUGAUGGCGGUGCAUCGAUGUUCCAGGCGGAUGCCAAGAAACCCAUCGGUGGCCACAUCAUGGCCCAUGCAUCGACAACCCGCUUAUAUCUGCGCAAGGGAAAGGGAGAUGCUCGCAUCUGUAAAAUCUACGAUUCGCCAUGUUUGCCCGAAUCGGAGGCAAUGUUUGCCAUACUCCCCGAGGGCAUUGGCGAUGUCAAGGAGAACGAUUAAACUACCCUCUAUGGAUGUGAAUUUAAUAUAUAUAAAUGAGAAGAAUUGAAAGGCUUUGAAUAUACAAUUGUUAUUCUUGUAAGCGAUGUUUGUAAUUCUGUUGAAUGUUUAGACAAGUUACGAUUUAAUAAAUAAUUAAAUAUAAA